GCAUCCUCAGGCCCGGCAGCAACCCCCGCAGUCACUGGUGCGGCCGCGCCCGCUACUGGGAGGGUGCAGCCGCUGGGGGAGGCUCCAAGUUGGCGGAGCGGCGGGGACCCCCUCUGCGGGCCGCUCCCCGAAAGGCGGAAAGAGUCGAGGAGGGCGCGCCGCCGUCCCCGAGACCCCAACCCCUGACCCCUGCCCGCGGCCGCAGCAUGCGCGCCCAGCCGGCGUGACCGGCUCCGCCCGCAGCCGCCCCGCAGCCCAGCCCGGCGCUCUCGCGGGUCACUCGGACCGGCGCCCGGGAGCGAUGAGCCAUGAAGCCGCCCGGCAGCAGCUCCCGGCGGCCGCCCCUGACGGGCUGCAGCCUGCCCGGCGCCUCCCGCGGCCCCGGCCGCUGCCCCGCCGGCCCGGUGCCGGCCCGCGCGCCGCCCUGCCGCCUGCUCCUCGUCCUUCUCCUGCUGCCUGCGCUCGCCGCCUCGUCCCGGCCCCGUGCCCGGGGGGCCGCUGCGCUCAGCGCUCUGCAUUGGAAUGAAACUGCAGAAAACAGCCCGGGAGUUGUGGCAGAUGAAGACAGCACAUUGCAACAGAAUGGCAGCAGAAAUACCAGCUACAGCAGUGCAGUGCAGAAAGAAAUCACACUGCCCUCAAGACUGGUGUAUUACAUCAACCAGGACUCAGAAAGCCCUUAUCAUGUUCUUGACACAAAGGCCAGACACCAACAGAAACACAAUAAGGCUGUCCAUCUGGCCCAGGCAAGCUUCCAGAUCGAAGCCUUUGGCUCCAAGUUCAUUCUUGACCUCAUACUGAACAAUGGUUUACUAUCUUCGGACUACGUGGAGAUCCACUAUGAGGACGGGAAGCAGAUGUACUCUAAGGGCGGAGAGCACUGCUACUACCAUGGGAGCAUCAGAGGUGUCAAGGACUCCAGGGUGGCUCUGUCGACCUGCAAUGGACUCCAUGGCAUGUUUGAGGAUGACACUUUCGUGUAUAUGAUAGAGCCUCUGGAGCUGACUCAUGAUGAGAAAAGCACUGGCCGACCACACAUAAUCCAGAAAACCUUGGCAGGACAAUAUUCUAAGCAGAUGAAGAAUCUCAGCACAGAUGGCAGUGACCAGUGGCCUUUGCUACCUGAAUUACAGUGGCUGAGAAGAAGGAAAAGAGCAGUUAAUCCAUCGCGAGGUGUGUUUGAAGAAAUGAAGUAUUUGGAGCUUAUGAUUGUUAACGAUCACAAGACGUAUAAGAAGCACCGCUCUUCUCACGCGCAUACGAACAACUUCGCAAAGUCUGUGGUCAACCUUGUAGAUUCUAUUUACAAGGAACAGCUCAACACCAGGGUUGUCCUGGUGGCUGUAGAGACCUGGACCGAGAAGGAUCAAAUUGACAUCACCAUCAACCCCGUGCAGAUGCUUCAUGAGUUCUCCAAGUACCGGCAACGUAUCAAACAGCAUGCAGACGCGGUCCACCUUAUCUCGCGUGUGACAUUCCAUUAUAAGAGAAGCAGUCUGAGUUACUUCGGAGGUGUGUGUUCCCGCGUAAAAGGGGUUGGUGUGAAUGAGUACGGUCUUCCAAUGGCAGUGGCACAAGUGUUAUCGCAGAGCCUGGCUCAAAACCUUGGAAUCCAGUGGGAACCUUCGAGCAGGAAGCCAAAAUGUGAAUGCAUAGAGUCCUGGGGCGGCUGCAUCAUGGAAGAAACAGGGGUGUCCCACUCUCGAAAGUUCUCAAAGUGCAGCAUUUUGGAGUACAGAGACUUUUUACAGAGAGGAGGCGGAGCGUGUCUUUUCAAUAGGCCGACUAAGCUGUUUGAGCCCACGGAAUGUGGAAACGGAUAUGUGGAAGCCGGGGAGGAAUGCGAUUGUGGUUUCCAUGUGGAAUGCUACGGAGUUUGCUGUAAGAAAUGCUCUCUCUCCAACGGGGCCCACUGCAGUGACGGCCCCUGUUGUAACAACACCUCGUGUCUUUUUCAGUCACGAGGGUACGAAUGUCGGGAUGCCGUGAACAGCUGUGAUAUAACGGAGUACUGCACCGGAGACUCUGGCCAGUGCCCGCCGAAUCUGCAUAAACAAGAUGGCUACGCCUGCAAUCAAAAUCAGGGUCGCUGCUACAAUGGCGAGUGCAAGACAAGGGACAACCAAUGCCAGUACAUCUGGGGGACAAAGGCUUCGGGGUCAGACAAGUUCUGCUAUGAAAAGCUGAACACAGAAGGCACCGAGAAGGGCAAUUGUGGCAAGGAUGGAGACCGGUGGAUUCAGUGCAGCAAACAUGAUGUGUUCUGUGGAUUUCUGCUUUGCACCAAUCUUACCCGAGCUCCGCGUAUUGGUCAACUUCAAGGAGAGAUCAUCCCGACUUCCUUCUACCAUCAAGGCCGAGUUAUUGACUGCAGUGGUGCUCACGUAGUUUUAGACGAUGAUACAGAUGUGGGCUAUGUAGAAGAUGGGACUCCAUGUGGCCCCUCCAUGAUGUGCUUAGAUCGGAAGUGCCUACAGAUUCAAGCCCUAAAUAUGAGCAGCUGCCCACUUGACUCCAAGGGUAAAGUCUGCUCAGGCCAUGGGGUGUGUAGCAACGAAGCCACCUGCAUCUGUGACUUCACUUGGGCAGGCACAGACUGCAGCAUCCGGGAUCCAGUUCGGAACCCCAACCCCCCAAAGGAUGAAGGACCUAAGGUGAACAUGGCCACAAGCAGGCUCAUAGGGGCCGUGGCUGGCACCGUUCUGGCCCUGGGGGUGAUUUUUGGAGGCACAGGGUGGGGCAUAGAAAACGUCAAGAAGAGGAGAUUCGAUCCCACUCAGCAAGGCCCCAUCUGAAUCAGCUGCACUGGAGGAGUGCCACCUUGCACUGUGGGGUUCUGGCAAUGACAUGCUUUCCACCAUGCUGCUGGAACUCUUAAGUCUGUAAACAAGACCAUUGGGUGGUAAUGACUACAGAGCUCAAAUCUGAGGACGGGGAUGGGGUACAACACAACAGUCCCUUUUGGAAAUAACUUCAAGUAACCCCCUCUAUCACCUGUCAAUAAAGGGGAGGGGUUAAAGACCACGUCAUUAUAAAAAAACUGUUCAGAAUCCUUUAUUUUUCUUUCUUUUUAACUAAAGGAGAAGGGAGCAGCAACAAGUGCAAUAAAAGAACAAAUCGCCAGUGACCCCCCCUUAGCCUGCUGACACUUAAUAUCUUCUAAAGGAUUUGGCAUGAUUUUUUUUCCUUUUACUAUCAAAGACAAACUCCAGCGGCAUGAAGAUCCAAUUUUGGAAAGGGUAAAAACUGCAUGGCAUAUAUAACAACAAGCUAGCAAGCCAGCCUUCAGCAAAUCCUACCGUGGAAAUCCCGAGGGGAAGAUGACAGACGACCACACAGACGCUGCCUGGCUUUGGAUUAAUGCCUUCCCACUCCUCCACCUCCGUCCUGGCCCACCUUUUCCCUCCAUGCCCCUCGGCCCACUCUGGACCGGCCGUGGCAGCACUCAUCUGGACUGUGUUCUUGAUGCCCUGUACCCAUUAUUUCUCUCCUGGACCAAGCAUCCUUUGGAAAUGGGAUCUGGAACUUGAACAGUGCUAUUGUACAGUUCUUUUAUAAAUGUAGAUAUGGAAGUGAGGUUUUGACACGCCAUUUUCGCUUGUCUCUAUGGAAAUGUUUUCCUCGCAAAGAUACUCUCUAUACUUUGUUGCUUGCUCCACAUCUUCUUUAUCUUUCUUUUUCCUCUUGUUUUCCUCCUUUGUCUCUGUCCUCUCUUAUAACAUAUCCACUUGCUUAACAAGACAGACGUAGCCACAGAUGCAGGGAGUUUGGGCACAAAUCUAGAAUGUUUGAAACCAAAUAUUAAAAAAAACCUAGGGGGCUGGGGGGGGGACCACAAAACAACCCAUAACAAGAACACAAAAUAUGUAAGUGUGAGUGUAUAUGUACUGAUGACCCUAACAUGUUUGAUGUCAUCAUAAGCACAUGUAUAUACCGUAGGGAAACCGAGACCCUUCUCAAGUUAAUCACAGAAGUGCCAAACUCAUCAUUCUCGCUUCUGGUUUCGACAGUUCUCUUUCCCUGUCAUAAAUGUGAAAGGAGGAGGAACUUAAAGCCUUAAAUAAAGAAUUAAUAACUUUUAAAUGCUGGAAGCUUGGAGACAGUUCAGCUUUCCAUUCUGUUCAUCUGUAUCUAUUUAAUUUUUUUUGAUAAAUUUCAUUUAUGCUUCCUCUUCCUGCCUCAGAGCCUGUGUGACAGAGCCCAGUGUAGACAGCAGGUCAUCUCUGAUCAUUUCUGCAUGGUGGUUUCGGGACUCUCCCGACCUCUGUGUUUUGCUGGACCAUGGACUCUGGGUUGUGAUGGGAUUCCACUAUGUCUGAGUCCAUACGCUUCUUUUUUCCCCCAAGUGGCCAGGGAGAUAGAGUCUUGGCAUUCCCAAGGCUGAGUUUCCCUCAUCUUCCCCCAUUGCAAUUCUAAGGGAACAGGCUAUUGAGGAGGUCCUCUCCUAGGUUUGCUUUGGACAUACAGAUAUACAGUGAAAACCCAUCAAGGACUCGACCUGCCAGAGAGCCCUACUUCUUCACUGGCCCACUUUUAGCAAGAACAUCCAGAUGAACUAUGCAUUUCUUCCUGGCGUUGAGGUACUUUUACAUUUAGCUCUUAGCCCCUCUCUGGCAAGACUUAAGUUUUACAUUUUCCUCGACUGGGAGGAGGAUUUCCUAAUGGGCUUCAUGAAACUGGACUUUCCCUCUUCCCCCAAAGAUAUCUUUAAUUGUUGACAUUUCACCCUCACAGAGUAGAAACCUUGAUUGCUAUGUACAACCCCAGACCAUAACUUAACAUCCUAACCUUCAGAUGGCUUUCUGAGAAACAGGUGCUAUGUAGGUAUGCAGUCUGUCGCUUGAACUUGCUGUUUGUUUCUAUAGUAAUAACAGGGCUCUCUGAAGGCGAGUUGGCCUUAUUUCUGGUUCCAGAAGACACGGGUUGUAUCCCUUUACUUAAUGGCAGUGGUUCAGUUGGAGGAAGGUCAGAGGAAACUCAGAUGGUAUCUCUUCCUGUUGUUGCAAUGUUUCGGGGUCCACUUCACUAUGAGAUACCAAGCAGCUGCCAACCUCACUGUACUCAUUUCAUUACUAUUCCCGAGGCACCAUGGUGAGUUUUUCCAACAUAAAACCAUGUCAGUUACAAAACAGAUCUCCCUUGAUAACUUUGGAACAUUUCACAAACAACAUUGUAAAUGUGCGAUGUUAUGUUUUAAAUCAGACCACAGUGGUCCCCAAAUAUUAUGUACAUAUGACAAAUGCCAGUGUAACUUUUUGUUACGCUGACAGUUUCAUAGGUAAACCAACCUAUGCUCCAAUGUUAAAUUACGUGUGUAUAUGUGAAAUACACAAGCAUUAAGCUAAGUGUGUAUGGACACGAGGGUAGUGCAAUCAUACUGUAUAAAAUGGGCCAGAAUCAUUUUCAGUGGUGUUAGGUCAUGUAGUUUCAGACUCGUUGCUGCAUUUUCUCUUGCACAUGCCAUCCAUUUGCUUAUUCUUGGGCGUGAGUACUCCUUAUUAAUUUGAAUUCAAAGCACAAGCCUCCCCUUGUUCAACAUUGCCCAACGAGAGUGUCAAGUGAUGGCCAAGUUCCCACUUCACCUGCUCUACUUUUACUGCGACACUGACGAGGAGGUGUGCGCUGACCUCAUUGCUCACCCGGGAUAGUGCAUGAACCCACUGAAUUAGACCUACUUCUACCAGCUAAGUGAGCAGUACCAUAGGUGCAUGUUUCAACAGGAGUCACAUAGAGUGCUGGAGUUUUGCCAAGUGAUGUGUUUUCUUUUUUUCCUUUUCUUAUUUCUCUUUCUUUCUUUCUUCCUUUCUUUCUUCCUUCCUUUCUUUCUUUUUUUUUUACUAUGCAAAGAUGGGAAAUGCACAAACCUCCAAGACAUGUCUGAAGAACUUUACAAUACUUGAAUCCUUUCUUUAAUUAUCCCAUCACAUUGUUAUGGUCACUGACACUUCCAUUGUUGUUUUUCCUUUCUUUUGUUCCCUUCAACUCCAAUGGUUUGUGAUUUUUAAAUGCACAACCCGAACUUUUGUUUGAAGUUAAAUUCUAACCCUCUUUGCUGCCUGUGAGCAAAGAUUCCAUCAUGCUUAUAUGCAUCUUUUGGUUGACUGUGCAUUAAAAGUUUUAUUAUUGUAGGAUGUCGCGGUUUUGUGCUUUGACUGGUGUUUCUUAACUCUCGUUUCUUCUGUGUUUUCUUGCAUUAUUGGUCAAGUGGCUAUGUGCCUGGGAUUUGGCAGUCUCAAUCAAAGGUUCACUGCAAACUGAAGCAGCCAAUGGAGCAAAAUAAACUUUCUGGUUAAUGGUUAAUGUUCUG